UUUACUCUUGGAUUCAUUAGAGAGCAGCAAAAGUACUAAUACAAAGAAAAGAAAACGAAGAUUUGAUGAAGUAUAUAUCCGAAAUAAGAGGCUUCCUUUCAUGCCUCUCUCAUUUGAAAAAUUUAAUCCUACUGCCAGUUCCAAUUCCCAGAGCCUGUCACUUCGCAGCAGCUCAAAUGGAUUCAGUCUCAUUAGUGCUAGCUCGGAACAAGACAAUCCCUCAACAAGUGGUUGCAGUAGCGAUCAAUCCGCUAAAGCAAAGACACAGAAAGAGUUGAUUAAAGCACUGAGUGUCUUAAAAAGGCACCUGCCAUCUGAUAAGAUGACUAAAGGAAAAUCCAGGACACUUUCUACACUGAAGUAUGCACUGCGAUGUGUAAAACAAGUCAGAGCUAAUGAAGAAUACUAUAAUUUUCUAAUGAAUGACGACUCUGAACCAAGUAGUUUGAGUAUGAACUCCUUCACAGUUGAUGAGGUAGAGAACAUCACUUCUGAAUACACCUUGAAAAAUGCUGAUAUCUUUGCUGUAACUGUCUCCUUGAUCACGGGGCAGAUUGUAUAUAUCUCUGACCAAGCCUCCUCGAUUCUGAAUUGCAAUAAGGAUGUCUUCAAAAAUGUAAAGUUCACAGAGCUCCUUGCUCCACAGGACGUUGGUGUUUUCUACAGCUUUACCAAGCCAUCUCAACUGCCUCUGUGGAGUGUGUGCACAGCUGCUGAUUCAUCAUCUCCAGAUUGUAUGCAAGAGAAGUCUUUCUUUUGCCGUAUUAGUGGAGACCGGCAGCGAGAUCAUGGCAUCCAUUACUAUCCUUUUCGUGUGACUACUUAUCUCACAAAGGUGCGGGUGUCUGAAGAUGAUGACGAUCAACUGUGCUGUCUGUUGCUUGCUGAAAGAGUGCACUCAGGCUAUGAAGCACCAAGAAUUCCUCAUGAUAAGAGGGUUUUUACCACGACUCACACAUCCAGCUGCGUGUUCCAAGAUGUUGAUGAGAGGGCUGUUCCUCUGUUGGGUUAUUUGCCUCAAGACCUCAUAGGGAUGCCUGUGCUGAUGCAUCUGCACCCAGAUGAUCGGCCUUUGAUGCUAGGCAUCCAUAAGAAAAUAUUGAAACAUGCUGGGCAACCUUUUGAACAUUCACCUAUCCGAUUCUGCUCUCAGAAUGGUGAAUACGUCACUAUUGACACCAGUUGGUCAAGCUUUGUUAAUCCAUGGAGCAGAAAAGUAUCCUUCAUAAUUGGAAGGCACAAAGUCAGAACGGGUCCUUUGACUGAAGAUGUAUUUGCUAGUCCAGGAUUUACUGAAAUGAAGACACUCAAUCCUGAAAUACAGACUAUCACUGAGCAGAUUCGUCAGCUCUUGCUACAGCCAGUUUACAACAAUGGUUCCAGUGGGUAUGGAAGUUUGGGAAGUAAUGGAUCUCAUGCACAGUUCAUGAGUGUAGCCUCUUCCAGUGAUAGUAAUGGUAACAUCAAUGAAGAGAGCCACUGGGGCAAGCCUAUGACGUUUCAGAAAAUUCGUAAGGAUGUGCAUUUAGUCAAAAAUCAAGGACAAACCAUGUUCUUUGAGAGCAGAGGAAAGAGCGAAUCAAAGCGCAGGCACAAAACUGUAACACAACAAAAAGAGACUAGUGGCCAGAUCAGAGACUUUAAAGCCAACUCAUCCAAGGGUGCUUCACCUAGCAGUGCCAUUAAAAAUGUGCUCUUGGAUGAUUCAAGAUGCAAGGAACAGCCAGUAUAUUGUUAUCAGCAAAUCAACUGCUUGGACAGCGUAAUAAGGUAUUUGGACAGCUACAAUAUCCCAAGCACUGUGAAAAGGAAGUGUGAGUCUUCAUCAGCAUCUGAUGAAGAUAAAGAAAAAAUUCAUAAUGUGCAGGUGCCUAAAGAAGCAUCACCAUUACCACAUCAGUCUAUCCAAGUUCCAUUUAAGGCUGCAAAAGAGGUGCCCACUGGAGCUGUUGUUGGUACACCCCUAGCGCCACUCUCCUUGCCAAGAAAGGCAGCAAGUGUCACCAGCCAGUGCAGUUACAGCAGCACUAUUGUCCACGUGGGAGACAAGAAGUUCCAAGCAGAUGCAGAAGUCCUGUUGGAGGAUGGAAUUGGUAUUGCUGAUCCUGCAGAGAACAUGGCAUCUACUACGCUGGUCACCACUACGCCCUCUGUGAACCAGGAAAAGGAGCCAUACAAGAAACUUGGCCUUACCAAAGAAGUUUUAGCGGCUCAUACACAAAAAGAAGAGCAGAUAUUCUUGAGCAAGUUCAAGGAGCUGAGUAAAUUAAAAACAUUUGAACCUUCUUGCAAGUCGUACUUACAGGAUCACUGCAAAGAAUGUUCAGGAGAUUGUGGCUCUCAAGGACUUAAAGCUGGAUGGAAUCGUGCAGAACCUGUGUACAAAAAAGGCGGGAAGAAUAAGAAGCUUAAAUCAAAACGCAUCAAGCAGCAGGAAUUGUCUGACAGUACUGCAUCCUGCACGAACCAACAUAAACUACCCUCCUGGUCCCCAUCUGCUGUCUCUCAGAGUAGGUAUUCAGCUAUGCCGUUUACAACAGUUAUGCCACCCUAUCAACUGCCUGUAUUUUCUGCCCAUGGAGGUAUGCUUCCAGUCACUGACCCAUCUCUGCCUAACUUUGAAAAUGCUCAAGGUGUUCAUUGCAGCAUUCAACCUCCACCAUACUCUGCACCCCUGGUAACUCCUAUGGUGGCAUUUGUGCUCCCAAAUUACAUGCUGCCGCAGAUGAACGACACUGUGCACCAGCCAUUUUUUGCGAGUCAGUCACCAUUCCCAUCACAGUCAGUCCUUUUGCCGCAAGCUCCAUUUUCUGCACAGACUUCAUUCCAGUCUCAGCCACAGUUUGCAUCACAACAUUAUGAUCUACCAGCAGAAGGUGAGAAGGCGCCUGCCCCAGAAUUUCGAGGUGUCCCAUCAUGUUGCUGCACUCCACAGUCAGUAGGACCACAGGGCCACGCUUCCCCUCCAUUGUUCCAGUCCAGGUGCAGUUCGCCUUUACAGCUGAAUCUGCUACAGUUGGAAGAAAUGCCCAAAUCAUCGGAAGGAAUUGCAUUUGUUGGAAUUGUAGGUGGAAGUGGAUCAAUGGCUGAUGGAGGAACGAUAAACAACAGUGCCAACGUUACAAAUGUGGACAUCAUGACAAAGGAUGAAGCAGAACUGGCUGUAUCACCUGCUGAAGCCCAGAAUAGUGAUGCUCACUCAACUUCCACUGACCUAUUGGAUCUGCUACUUCAGGAUUCUCUAUCAGGCACUGGCUCUGCAGGCUCGGGCAAUGUUGCAUCAACAGCCUCGGGCUCUUCGGGCUCUCCAUCUAAUGUUUGUGGAAUGUCAGGAACUGACACAGGAAGUAGCCAUUUAAGCAACACCAGCAAAUAUUUUGGAAGCAUUGACUCCUCGGAGAAUGACCACAAAUCAAAACUAAGAAACACCAAGAAGAUUGACCACAUCACUAAUUGUGUACUCCAGGACCCAGUCUGGCUAUCAAUGGCAAAUAUAGAUGAGAGAACCAUGAUGACCUACCAACUUCCAUCGAGGGACAUUGAAACAGUUCUAAAGGAAGACAGAGAAAAGUUGAAAAUGAUGCAGAGAAACCAACCCAAAUUCACGGAGGACCAGAAAAAAGAGCUUUCUGAAGUAUUUCCCUGGUUUAAGACAACUAUGCUACCAAAGACCUUGGAGAUCACAGAUUUGGUUUGCUGGGAGAAAAAUGUGUCACAAAGCAACUCAAUGACAUUUGAUGCAGAAAUCCAUAAUCUAGAGUUAAAUGGAUUGAUGGAACCAAGCCACGAUGUUGGCUAUCAGCCCUUGAACUUUGCAACUGAAGAGCAAAAACAUGCAGAAAUAGCAGUCACUAAUCUGGAAAUAGCAACAAGCACAUUUGGAAAGUCUGCAAGCUGAAAGUUUUUGGACUUGGCAAAAGGACUUCUGCUGAAUAGGUAUGAAUGCCCAAAACUCUUUUUUGGGAGUUUCAAGAAAUUGCAUCGCACUUAACUGAAAUGUUCAAGCUGAAGAAAAGUGCAAGAUUUAUGGAACUUUUUUUAAGCGGAGGUAUUUAAAAGCAUAAGAUGUGUUGCUUCAAGUUGAAUUAUUUCUAAAUGUAACUGCAGUUUUUAAUAUAUAUUUGUGGAGUCUGGUGUUAUUGUACCUGACAAACCUUUAAGUAUCUAUGUCUAUUGUAAAUGAGGCACUAGUAUUUCUGAAUGUAUCUAGUCUUUUUGCUGUUAAUCAUAAAACUAUUUUGACAGUCAAUUGUUUAUGUAUUAAUUUCACCAUAUAGUUAAAUAUUCUUGUGGAAUUUU